AUUCCCACUUCUAAACCCAACUGGUAAAAGAGCUGUCCUGACCUUUCCCAUCCUUCCAAGAGGCAACGCCCAAAACCAAGAACCACCACAACUCCAAUUGGUCAACAUGGCGAUGGCUGCCGCAGCCUCCGCCCUCCUCCUCCUCCUGCUGAUGCUCGGCCCCGCCGCCUCCACCUCGGCCGCGGCGCCGUACCAACCGCCGACCGUGCCGGAGCUGAUGGACCGGUUCGGCCUCCCGCGCGCGCUCCUCCCGGAGACCGCCCGGCGGUACCUCCUCCACAACGACGGCACCUUCGAGCUCUUCCUCGACGACGGCUGCGUGGUCGAGGUGGGGGGCUACCGCGUCGGCUACGACAUCAAGCUCUCCGGCACCGUGUCCCACGGGGCGGUCGCGGGGCUCGAGGGCGUGCGCGUGCGCGUCCUGUUCGCCUGGCUGCCCAUCACCGGCGUCGAGGUGGCCGGCGGCGAGGUCACCGUCCACAUCGGGCCCAUCACCAAGUCGUUCCCGGUCGUCGGGUUCAAGUCAAGCCCCCGGUGCAUCGCCGGAUUGGCGGCGGCGGCGGCGGUCGAUGCUUCGCUUCCUCUGGUAGAGUAGUCAGCUGGUCGCGAUUUGUUAGGAUUUAUUAGACGAAGAUUGUGUUCAUGCUACGAUUUAUUUUAAUUUCUCAUUGUGAAUCGUAUUUUGCGCUGGAAACUUCCUUCACUGGUGUUCAGUUUAUUGAAGUACGCACGGUUAGUCUGUAACAGGCUUCAGAUUGCAUUUUUAUUGGGACUAUCUGUUCCUCUUUCGCGAGGAAACACCAUGCAUAAGUUUUCCUUUUA